AUGUCAGCCGAAAACACCACACCAGCAGAGGAUGGGCAUGAGAUGAAGGUAGGGGUGCAAGGAGGGCAGAGCGUGGUGAGCCGGGUGGCCAAUCUGGGCCUGGUGAGCUGUGCCUGCGGGAUGGUGUCCACCUCCACCAAGGACAGCCACCCCUACGUCAGGUCUGUCUGCGACGCUGCUGAAAAAGGGGUGAAGACGCUGACGGCGGCGGCAGUCAGUGGGGCACAGCCCCUCCUCACCAAGCUGGAGCCACAGAUUUCCACCGCUAAUGAAUACGCCUGCAAAGGGCUGGAUAAGCUGGAGGAGAAGCUGCCCAUCCUGCAGCAGCCCCCUGAGAGGGUGGUGGCAGGGACCCGAGUGCUGGUGUCAUCCACGGUGAGCGGGGCGCUGGGCCUGGCCUAUGGUGCGGUGCGGGGCGGCGUGGAGGGGACGCGCUGGGCACUGGAUGCCAUGGCCGGGUCCCCGGUGGCAGCGAGCGCAGAGGUGGUAUCACCGGAGCGGCAGAGACGACGGCAGAGCUGCUUUGUCCGUGUGGGCUCACUUUCGGCCAAGCUGCGGCAUCGAGCCCUGCGGCGCUCACUGGAUGAGCUGCAGCGGGCACGACGCAGUGCCCAGCAUGUCCUGGCCCAGCUCCACCACAUCUUUGAGCUGAUCGAGCAGGGCCAGCAGGGCAUGGAUGGGCCCCUGUACAGCGCCUGGCAGCAUCUCCACCGCAUGUGGCUGGAGUGGAGCCAGCAGGACACUGUGCCCAUGGAGGAGAGCGAGGUGGAAGUGCGGACACUGGCCAUGCUGCGUGGGCUCCUGCGCCAGCUCCAUGCUGCCUGCACCCGCCUGACCGCCGGCGCCCGAGCUUUCCCCAGCAGCGUGCAGGAGACAGCGGGCCAGGUCCAGCAUGGCAUGGAGGGUGUGCAGGCUUCCCUCUCUCACACACGGUCCUUCCAGGACCUGUCGGAGCUGAUGCUGGCCCAGAGUCGGGAGAAGGUGCUGCGGGCACAGAGCAGCAUCGAUGAGAUGCUGGAGUACGUGGGGCAGCACACACCCCUGCCCUGGCUGGUGGGACCCUUCGCCCCCGCCCUGGUGGAGUAUCCAGAGGAUGUCCCAGUGGAGAUGGCCAAAUGGGAGGGUUGUGUCACCGUGGUGGGAACACACCAGGUGCCUGCUCCCCCACGG